AUGGUUUCGAAAACCACGCGAGCUGCUACUGCAGCUGCAAGAAAGGCGGCUGCACGCAUACGUGCGUCCGCGGAAAGUGCCUUUCACGCCUCAGCAGUAGUUGAUUCGUCGCCUGUUGCUGUCAAUCGUCCACGUGGUGAGUCACUACGUGCAACAGGUACAUCUGUUGCGUCUGCAGCGGGUACCUUGAAUCGUAAUCAAGACGAGUCUGAGAUAGCGCUCAUCUAUUCCGGCGAGUCGGAUGAUGCAACCGACUCGAAGGCGACUCCGCACGCCUCGGGAUCACCCGGGGUGGACGCUGCAAAAGCCAGGCUGACUUGCUCUGGUCAGCGCGGCAGCAUCAUGACCGAGAUCUUCGGAUUAAGCGAUUACUCCGAUGAGUCUCCACCUUACGCAAGUCCAUCCAACGAUAGGACGCGUGGAGAUGGUGGUAAUGCAGCUAUGCAUCACCACGAGCGAAGGAACUCAAGGGAUCGUGGUAACCAUGGUGCCAGUGCUCAUGCUGACACCAAUCAAGAGGCCAGGGACCGGAAUGUCCAUAGCCACGCUCCCCAAGUGGAGUGUCCAUGGAUGCCGCCAUCCAGAGAGUAG